ACAACCGGGCUGUUCCGUGGGGCUUGGACGCGGACUCCUGGGUGAUGCUGGAAGGCCUCAUUCUGAAGCAAAGCAAAGGAUUUCAUGUGGAAUUUGCCUAUGGGCAAUUCAAGGGGGCUAAUAUCCCUCUGAAAUUCAAGCUCCACUUCGAGAGGACGCCAGCUUCUUCCAACAGCCCCAUCCUGACUUUCAACAGCUUUGUAAAUCAACAGUGGGGGAAAGAAAUCCGGAUGGCGACCCACUUGCAGCCAGCCCAAAAGUUCAAGCUUUCUUUCGUCGUCACCAGCAAAAGUUACAAGAUAAUGGAGAACGACAUUUUGCUUUCCGAAUUUGACCAUCGCAUUUCACCCAAGGCCAUCCGUUUCCUGGGAAUGGAUGGAGACAUCAAGCUUGAGAAAGUAGCCUUCAGCUGGGAGAGGAACAAUGAAACCAGCAAUCCUAAAGCUUGGUGAAGCCUGACCAGAGGAAGAAUCAUGCAAAUCAAAUCAGGCAUUCAGGCUAUUUUACAAGUUGAUUUUUGCAGGCAACAUCAAGGACUAUCCUGCCGUCAUUCUGAGGUGGCGCCAUAAAUCUCUUAGACAGCCUAUCUUGGUGAAUUAAAGGAAACAAGAGUUAUUGUCACUGCUUUUUAUUUGGAACUGCAAAAAUAAAUGUUAUUU